AUGGCGAUUGGAUGUGCUGUAGUACGGAUUGUGUGCCAUGGGAGCAUUGCUACACGCAGCUCUGUAACGUACCUAACAGGUGUGUCGCUGCCUCAAAAGUCUUAUGCUAAGAAAAAUAAAUGGCCAGCUAGAAUGUGUUCACUUCUCUGUUGCAUUGUAGUAGUAACAGUGAUUGCGAUUCUUUUGGCCAUCUGUUAUCUCAUUCUUAAAGAUUUGCAUUCUGAAAAGGAGAAAAACGAAGAAGGCAUAGAAGUAGGCGUUCUAGGAAUGUUUCCUCCUACUCCCCUGUCUCCAGCAAGAUUCAGGAAAAUAUCAGGACAUUCUUUCCAUAUUGGAUACACUAUGGCGAUAUUGAAUGGCAUCAUGGCAGCCCUUACUGUCGUGUGGAGUCUUAGCUAAGUUAAAGUUGCUAUGCCAACACUGAAUUGGGAGGUGAACCUUCAGCACAGCAUAAAGGGAAAAUUAUCAAGACUUUUGAGGGCUUUCUGUUGCUUCUGCUGCUGCCUUUAUUCAAACAACACCUGUGUGCCUUUGACAUUUGCAGUUUUUUAUAUUUCAGAAUUGAAUAGGGUAUGUGGAUUAUAUAGUCUGAAGAUUUUAAGUAAUUAC